GUUCUUCAGGGCGCUGAAAAAUGUCGGGUUUUCUGGAGAGUUUGAGGUGCUCGGAGUGUGUUGACUGGGGGGAGAAAAGAAACACGAUUGCUUCUGUGGCUGCGGGAGUGCUGUUUUUCACAGGUUGGUGGAUAAUCAUAGAUGCAGCUGUAAAAUACCCUAAAAUGGAAGACUUCAACCAUUCCUACCAUGCUUGUGGGGUUAUAGCCACGAUUGCAUUCCUAAUGAUCAACGCGGUGUCCAACGGACAAGUGAGGGGUGACAGUUACAGCGAGGGCUGUCUGGGACAAACAGGGGCUCGGAUCUGGCUCUUCAUUGGGUUCAUGAUGGCCUUUGGAUCUCUGAUUGCUUCCAUGUGGAUCCUCUUUGGAGGCUAUGUUGUGAAAGAAAAACCAAUUGUAUAUCCAGGAAUUGCUGUUUUUUUCCAGAAUGCAUUCAUCUUUUUUGGAGGACUGGUCUUCAAAUUUGGUCGCACAGAAGAUCUGUGGCAGUAA